CUCACCACUCACAUCAUUGACACUGCUGAUGCCCUGAGGGUGAGGUAUCCUGCAGCCAAGCUGGUCAUCUGUGGGGACUUUAACAGAUUAGAUACCAGCGAUAUCGAUAUAAUUGCAGUUUCCCCCAAUAAACCGCACAAUAAAAUCACGGUAGCAGCGUAGUCUCUCCUGGAUGAGAAGAGCGACGUAAGAGAUCAAGAGCGGUGGAUUUGAGGGAUAGCGCGCGACCUGUCUUCUUACUCGGGUGGACCACCUGAUCGGCGCCACACAGCCACAGGCCUUCUGAAGUGCCCUUAAAAGUGAGCACUGACUUACCGCACUAUCAUUAGAACCACAUCUGACGAGGUGGACUAAUGGCGGCAGAGGAGGACGACUCUUUUCGCAUCCUGGUGGCCACGGACAACCACCUUGGCUAUGCAGAGAAGCACCCUGAGAGGGGUAAUGACAGCUUCCAGAGCUUUGAGGAGGUGCUGGAGUUGGCAGUGGAACACAACGUAGAUUUCAUCCUUCUCGGUGGGGAUCUCUUCCAUGAGAACAAACCGUCCCGCCACUGCCAGGUGCGCUGCAUGGAUCUACUGCGUAAAUACACCUUUGGGGACAGGCCAGUACACUUCAACAUAUUGAGUGAUCCUGCUGUGAACUUUCCACAUACCAAACAGGUCAACUUCCUUGAUCCAAACUUGAAUGUGGCCAUACCAGUGUUCUCCAUCCAUGGCAAUCAUGAUGACCCCGCAGGUCUGGGGUUACUGUGUGCCCUGGAGAUGCUGUCUAGUGCAGGGCUUAUCAACUACUUUGGUCGUGUAUCUGAUUUGAAUGAGGUAAAGAUUUCUCCCAUUCUGAUGGAGAAAGGCGCUACCAAGCUGGCUCUUUAUGGCUUGUCUUCAGUCAAAGAUGAAAGAUUACAUCGUCUCUUUGUGGAGAAUAAGGUCAAGAUGCUGCGGCCCAAGGAGUCCCUCACAGAGUGGUUUAACCUGAUGACGGUGCACCAGAACCAUGCCAAACGUGGACCCUCCAACUACUUGCCUGAGUCCUUCCUUGAUCCGUUCCUGGACCUCAUCAUCUGGGGCCAUGAACAUGACUGCAUCAAGGAACCGUGGCACUCCCAUCAGAACUUUCACAUCUUGCAGCCAGGUAGUUCUGUUGCUACCUCACUAACCCCUGGUGAAGCAAUAGAAAAGUGUGCCUUCUUACUGCAGGUAAACAGCCGCCACCAGUUCAAAAUUGAUCCCCUGCCUCUCAAGACUGUGCGUCCCUUCCUGUUUGAGGAAGUGGUUCUUUCUGAGUACAACAUAGAGGAAGAAGUGCAUCGGAUCAAGAGGAAGAUGGAACCAACCAAAGAGGAGAGUGCUUGGGAUCUCAUGAUGAAGGCCAGAGGGAUAGGAGGAACCAAGGGGAGAGGGCGAGGGCGAGGAGGCAAGGAUGGUGAUGCCACUUCCCAAGCUCAGAAUAAAGACAACCCAGUGGAGGUGUUUAUAGAGCACCGGGUGAAGGAGCUCCUGAAGGGAGCCAAGAAGCUGCUGACAGGACACCCCCGGCAGCCCAUCUUACCCUUAGUAAGAGUGCGUGUGUACUACUCUAAUGAGGCCGAGAUCUUCAAUGUCUCCCGCUUUGGUUUCAAAUUUGAGAACUUAGUGGCUAACACAGAGGACUUGGUCUCCUUUGUACGGGAGAAGACAGUGAAGGACACAGAUGGUGGCCGGCCAUCUUCCCCGGGUCUUCGUGAAAAUCUCAUCAGUGUAGAUGACGUGAACAGCACAGUGGAAGGGCUGGUGGAGGAAAUCUUCCGGACCAAUGCUCUGCCAGGAUGCGAGAUGCACCUUCUUACUGAACGGGGGAUGAGUGCUGCUGUCAGUGCCUAUGUGCAGAAGGAAGACAAGCAUGCAGUGUCCACCAUGAUAGACUACCAAGUGCAGCGCAUGCAGGAAUACCUCCUCAGCCUGGAUAAAGAUUAUGAUGAUCCUAAGGAGCUUGAAGCUGACAUUCUGGCCUUCAGGGCAGAACGCAAUGCUGCAGCCAACUUCCAAAGGGAAGAGGAUGAGAUUUUGGAAGCACUUCAGCUCAGCAGCCAGGCUGAGAAUGGCUCCACUGCUGACCAAGACUCAGACUCAGAUAUCGAAACCAUUGAUGAUGAUAGUGAUAAAGAUUUUUCAUCAUCAUCAAGAGGUAGGGGAGCACGAGGCCGGGGAAGCCGAGGCAGCAGGGGUGGGUCUAGAGGCACCACAUCACAGGCCAGCAGGGCACGAGGCAGCAGAGGCCGAGCACGGAAAUGUCUUGUAUAAAAAACUCCUUAGCAGAGAGGAAGAUAGAAGUUUCACUGCAAAGAAGAGAUAGAAGAUGGAAUCUUGAAGAGGAAAGAUUUGAACAUUAGUAGUUUUGAUGGUGUUUCAAUUAAACUACUAUCAUCAUCAUUAUUUUAUUUAGAUAUGAAUGCAAAUGUGCUGUUAGAGAAACAUGUACACAAAUGCUAUUUUUGGGUUGUGGUUUGUAGACAUACCAUCUGUGGUCUAAGAGAGAGAUCUCAGGCUACAGAUCCAGUGUUUUCAAAGCACUCCCCCUACUUCCCUCUCAAGAUAGUAUGUCAUGUAAACGAGUUAUGUAAAUGAGUUAAAGAAGAAGAUUUGGGACCCAAGUGACAAGAGAAUGAGAACAAUGAGUACAAGAGAUGUGGUACAGUGUCAGUGCAUGUGCUGUACAUUUAGUUGUGGAAUGGGUGAAAGAAAAAGAUGUGGUUAUAGCCAAUAUAUAUUGGUUAGGUUGUAGUUGUAUUGGUUAGAAUGAAGAGAAGAGUUUUUUUAAAGAUGGAAGUUGAUUCUAGAAGGGCAUUUGUAGGAAGAAAAAUACAGAAUGUGUGUGCAGGAAAUGUUAGUACAGACAACAGGCUAGGUGCUUCAAGAACCAAGAAUAGUAUGCUUAGGUAGGAAGAAGUGAGUACAGACAGCAGGGUAGGUGCUUCAAGAACCAAGAAUAGUAUGCUUAGGUAGGAAGAAGUGGCCAUGACCAUCCUAUUGGGAUGCAGUCACAGAGGAAGCAAGAUUCUCUUUAAUAGCUCACUUUCCCUAUGGGGUGGCCUAGGCAAAAGAGCCUCCAUCUCUUGCAAUCUAAAUAUCCUCUUCUCAGUUGUUCAAGUAAGCACUUUGCCUCUACUAUCACCUCUUGCUUACAUGUGCUCCUUUAUCCUUUCAUCUUAAAAACUGCCUUCCUCUCCUAUUAGCUAGCACCUUAAACUUCUAUCAUUCUUUACAAACACUUCCCUCUUUAUUCUCAGUAUGGUUAUAACCAUAGCUGGACAUGAUAACGAAAAAAUUGAUUUUGAUAAGUGAUAAAUUGAUAACAAUAACCUUAUUGGUGAACUGGUGAUAUAUUUAUCAUCUGAUAACCGAUAAUCUAAAAUCCCAAUACUAGCGAUAACAAUAUUGAUUUUAAAUUUAAAAAAUUGAUAUUUAGUUAAAAUCUUUAAAAUAAAGUUUUCUUAGAAAAAUUUAAAUUCAAACAUUAUCUUUUCAGUAAUGAAAAAUAAAAUAGACUAUUUUAAGGAAAAUAACCAUAUUUCUAAUGAAAAAUUUUUAAGUAAAAUAACAUUUGAUUUUCAACAUGCUCAUGUCCCAAAAAUUAAAAUUAUUGAUUAUCACUAGUUUGGAAACAAAAAUAUCGACAAUACCAGUGAAUCAAUAACAUGGAAAAAUAAUUAUCACAAUUGUUAUUAUCACAAUAAUAAUUUAUUGUAAUAACGCCCACCUGUGAUUAUAACCACUGAAAAUGUUUCACCCAGUCCACAACACCACAAUUUUUUCUCAAGUUGCACCAGCACCCAUGCUGUAUCCAUUGUACUCAAUUAUGGAUCUUGUCUUGUCACAACAAAUGAGGUGUCCUGCUUUAAAAGGGCCACUCGCACCAUCCUGGCCAAACCUGAGUAUAGCACAAUAUUGUCUUGACUUUCCCCUGGAGUGGAUGAGUGUCCUGGUAGUACGGUUAAAAAUCUAUACAAGGAGCAAAUAAUUUUUAUGUUUAGUUGACCAUCAAUGCAGGUGCAACACACUGCUAAGCAAUAUUCUGUGUUAGAAAGGCUGCCCAUCCAGAAUGAGCUGCCAUUAUAGUUUUGAAAAUUAACAGUUAAUUCCUUUCAUUUUGGUGUCUGUUGAGAUAGAAAGGAUGCUCCCAGCUUUUCUGCUGUGUAUUAGUAAUGGGAUGAGCAACCCUUAACCCACUGUCCAGUUUCUUCACAAUUUUUCCACUUUGUCAUUGUUAAUAGUUAUUUUGUAUUCUUAUGUUCAAUAUUCAUGAAUUAUUAUUAUUGUGUGAAGUAUUCAGAGAACAAAUACACUCAGACUUUGGUGAACUUCCAAAACCAUAACUAAAUUUGCAAAAAGACAUACAAAAAUUAGGUAGUGAAUAUCAUUGGUCUCAAAUAUUUUUUGAGGCUACCAUGAUUUUGAUCGUCUGCUGGUCAUUUUGAUUAUAUAAUAAAGUUAUGGUAGUAUGGUAGUUAUGGUUCAUCAAACUCUGAGUCAAAAGCCUUUUUCUCACUUUAUUUUGACACAAUGCAGGAUGCCUCAAAUGCUCUCAAAAUUUCUUUAGACAGCAUGCACUUUUGAUUGGUGGGGAGGGGCUGUGGUUUGUAAGCAGUGGGUUUGUGAGAAUAGUUAGGGUUCCUUGAGAGAAAGAAUAAUCAGAUAAUGGUUAGGGUGCCUUGUCUGUCCUUACUGUAUGACUGACAGCAAUAGGAUAUAGCUAAUGUUGGUAACAACAGUACAUACACAUAUGCCAAGGCUGUUUCUCAAAAAGGGGGAUAGGCCAGACAAGGCACACUUCUUUCUUGGAUGAUUUUAUACACCACUCUAAGAAUGAUAAUCUGAUUAUAUUCUAGAUAGACAUUCAGUAUGAAGAGGGAUCUAUAUGCAUACAUUCAUACACAAGUAUGAAAGAAGAGAAAGGAUCUCUUUUCUUGCCCAGUGUUUGUUGCUAAGCAGUUCCCAUAUCCAUGCCCUAAAGCAAUUCUGGUUUAUCCCUUUUUCACAAUAAUAUAUCCUAUCCUUGACCUUUACAUACAGAACAUAAUUAAUCAAGGCUGCAUCUCCAUUCAUACAUUCACAACUGCUCUCCAUUUUUCAUCUACCUCCUCAGGCAGCUUAACAGUCACCCUAUAUUUCACCCUCAAUCAUUUACCAAACUAAUGGCAUUUCAUUACUUAACUGUGGGCAUAUGGUGAACUCUCAGCAAACACUUCACAGUAAAUGUCAGCUUGAUAUCUACGUAAAUUAUUAUUUUGCAGUACUUUUAACCCUACUUGGUCUUCUGUCUUCAUCCUUUUUUCCAUCUGGAACGCCAUUGAAAUCCUGUCUUCUAUAUUGCAAGAAAAAUCUUUAUAAGAGUUGUGAACUGUUACAUCCACAACAUAGGGAAGUCUCAUAUCUCAUUGUAUUUGAACAUUUGAUACAUUCCUACUUCAUAUUUAUAGAUUAUUAAAGCCUUGCCCCACCACCAACACACGCCUAGAUAUACAUACAGUUCUUUCUAGCCACAGAAGUUUAUCCACUUCAGCAAAGAGGGAUCUCGGUGAAUGAUACGGUGCCUGCUGAGAUCUGUAAUGCAGGGAUAUUAAGUGUGCACUGGAUGCAAAAAGUCAUGCACACAAUUAUCCAAACAAUUUUCCAAUACAGAAAAUAAAUAGAUCUAUUUUUAA